AUGCCUGGGCUGCCAGCCUCGGUCGAUCUGGAUGAAUGCAUCUCAAGGCUAUACAAGAAAGAGCUGCUGGCCGAGUCGGUGAUCGAAGCAAUAUGUGCCAAAACCAAGGAACUGCUUAUGCGUGAGAGCAACGUGGUGCACGUGCGCGCACCCAUCACCGUCGUCGGUGACAUUCACGGCCAGUUCUACGACCUUAUUGAGAUUUUCAAGAUCGGUGGAUGGUGUCCUGACACCAACUACCUCUUCCUUGGCGACUAUGUCGACCGCGGCAUGUUCAGCGUCGAGACGAUCUCACUACUCGUCUGCCUCAAGCUCCGCUACCCCGACCGAGUGCACCUCAUUCGCGGCAACCACGAGUCGCGCGGUGUGACCCAGUCCUACGGGUUCUAUACAGAGUGCUCGCGCAAGUACGGCAAUGCUAACGUCUGGCACUACUUCACCGACAUGUUUGACUUCCUCACCCUGUCCGUCGUCAUCAACGACCAAAUCUUCUGCGUGCAUGGAGGCCUCUCGCCUUCAAUACACUCGAUCGACCAGAUCAAAAUUAUAGACCGCUUCAGAGAGAUACCCCACGAAGGACCCAUGGCCGACCUGGUCUGGUCAGAUCCUGACCCGGAGCGAGACGAGUUCUCGCUGUCACCGCGCGGAGCGGGGUACACCUUUGGGGCUCGCGUGGUGAAGAAGUUCCUCGCGGUGAACGGGAUGAACCACAUUCUGCGCGCGCACCAGCUAUGCCAAGAAGGAUUCCAGGUGCUGUACGAUGACCAUCUGAGCACAGUAUGGAGUGCACCAAACUAUUGUUAUCGAUGCGGCAACAUGGCCAGCGUUCUCGAGGUCAGCGACACAGGAGAACGCUUCUUCAACGUAUUCGCCGCAGCACCCGAGAACGACGCGGUCAAGGACAUGCAGCAGGCGGGCUUGGACAAGACCGCUGACGGGAACGCCCUGCCAGAUUAUUUUCUCUAG